GAUCUCAACAGGAAACCGACAGGACAGGAACUUAAACGUCGCUGCGCCAGAAAAAUCAAUGCAGUUUGGAGAAAAAAAGGACAGAGCGGCUCAAGAGGGGGAGAGGGAAGACACCGAGACGGAAUGAUCGAGGCCGGGAGAGGCGGAGGAAGAGAGAAUGAGUUCGUCUGCGGAAAUCAGUGAGAGCUAACGAUGGAUAGAGUGAGAUGCAGACUUUGACCAAGAAAGAAAGAUAAAAAAGAAUGUGGGUACAAGCAAAAAUUACGAUGACCGUUUGAAGAUAAACCACAAAGGAGAUAGAGUUGAGGUUUGACUGAUUGGCUUCUUAGUGUUAACCCAUCAGUCUGUGGUGCAAGUAGUUUCAGGUGACGAUGAAUGCUUCCAAUCUACUCACCGCGGAGCAGUUGGUUCCUAUUGCCGCCCAACAAAAUGUCUUAGUCGGCUUAGCUGAUUUCUGUAUGCCUGCCUUCACUGUCAGUCUGUUGUCAGUCAUCAGCCUCCUAACCUACUUCGAUGUUCUCGAGAGCUUCCCUUUCUUCCACUGGCUCGACAAGGCAGGGGCGCUGCAGAAGAAGCGCAGUUUAGGAUUAGGAAGGAGCUACGGUGACAACUGCCUCGUGAAGGCGGAAGAAGAAUGUUCUCUUGCCGUGUCCACAGCACCAGCUACUGUCCACAAUGUUUUAUCAGCUGCCCAGAGGGUGAGGCUGCUGGAGGCUGACCUGUGUAUGGAUGAUUUUCAUCAGCAGAAUGUUGACUUGUGUAGGAAGAAAUGCGACACGCUAUGGAGGGAUCUGAACCAAGUGGAUAAUGUGCUGCUACGACUUGGGGGCGAGGACCUGCCAGUCAAAGUGACUCAAACGCGUGAGCUCGUGCCUGACACCAAGAGCGCCCCCCAUUCGCCAGCGAGCGAGGGGGAUGCUGCGGUACAGAAAGACACAACGAUGGAGAAAGAACCUACGGCCGGGAGACACGCCCAGAAGAUUCAACUGCUAAGAAACAGACUUCAGCCCAUGAGGACCUACGUGGAAGAAAGGCUCCAGCUGUUGAAGACCUUCUCGGAUUAUUUGGAAAGCUAUCGGAUGGGCUACCGUCCGCUGCGCAGUUGGGUCACCAGCACCUACCAGUUUCAGGAGUGGAUUCAUUCCAUGGACUGCGACAGCGACUUCCUGAUUGUGAAGAGCCUCGGUCACCAGAAGAGAAUUGCACGAGAAAUUGAAGAGAAACUUCCCCGGUUUAACGACUGCUUGCAGACUCUGAACGAAUGCACUCGAAUCUCGAAGGAAAUCCAGGCCCAAGCUGUGACCUUUCAUCUGAAGAUUAAACCGGAUGGAGGUACUCCUGGUGAGAUCCCACAGCAAGCCGGCAUCUUGGACUCGUUCCAGCGAGAGUUUUUUGAUACGAAGCAGCAGUUUCUUCUGUUGGUGAAGCUCACGCAAUGCUAUGUGAUACACCUGCGAGACCUGCUGAGACUGAAGCGCGGAAACAAUGCCUUCGUCAAGAGAGAGCCGGAACAUCCGAAGGAAAGAAGCGGAUUGAAGACAUUCCUCAAAGGAAAACGCCAUUAGCAAAAAAAAAAAAAAUCUCCGCAGCCUCUCAGAUCAGAUUCAUCGCACCGUUACCUUAACAUUUCAGCUAUGGUGGGAGAUCAGAAAAUAAUAUUAAUAAUGAUAAUAAUAAUCCUCG